UUAGCUUCAUCACAAAUGAGCUGCCUCAGACCUCCGGUUCACUGCCAUUGCUGCUUAUGGUAGCCUGUGGGACCCUGCUCAGCAAUAGCUCUCCCACCUCUAGACAAGACUGCAUGCCUCUGGAUGAAUUCCAUCCAUUUAUUGAGGCCCUUCUGCCUCACGUCAAGGCCUUUUCUUACACAUGGUUUAAUUUACAAGCUGCAAAACGAAAAUAUUUUAAGAAACAUGAGAAACGAAUGAGCUUAGACGAGGAAAGAAGGUGUAAAGAAGAAUUAGAGACUGAAAGAUUGGAAGUUAAACAGAAAUGGGCAUCACGCUUGCUAGGUAAAUUAAGGAAAGAUAUUACUCAAGAAUAUAGAGAAGAUUUUGUGCUUGGUAUUACAGGAAAAAAGAGAGCAACAUGUGUCUUAAGUAAUCCAGAUCAAAAAGGGAAAAUGAGACGCAUUGAUUGUCUCCGACAAGCUGACAAAGUAUGGCGUUUAGAUCUAGUAAUGGUGAUCUUGUUUAAAGCUAUACCGUUAGAAAGUACAGAUGGAGAACGUCUGGAGAAGUCACCCGAGUGCCUCCACCCCAAUUUAUGUGUCAACCCUUACCACAUCAAUGUCUCCGUCCGUGAGCUAGACCUCUACCUGGCCAACUUCAUUCUCAGUCAUGAAACAUUGAGUGGUGUAAGGGAAAUGUGUGAUAAUGAUAAAGAUGAUAACCAAAAUAACAAUACCAUUCUAGCCACUGGUGUAUUCACAUCUACAGAGCUGUACAGGUUGUCCAAAGCAUCAAUUAUGCAGCCUUCCAAUGGUACUCAGCCUCCUGUCAAUCUGAUCAAGAUGGAGUCACCCCCUUACUAUUGUAAUAAUUAUUCAUCUCCGCCAGAUCACAGGGUGCUGAGUUCGGCACAAGGAGGGUCCAUAACUUCGGUGCCCACUCACAGCACGCAUCCUUCGCAGCACUGUUCCGCCAGUUCUUCUCCCGAACCACGCAAUAAAAGGUUACGUCGAAUAUCGUCGCCUGAAGAUGAUGUUGAUAAGUCGGCUGGUGACGUCAGUGGAUAUUAUGGACACAGUCCGGCUAGUUUACAUAGUCAAGCUUCUUGGGGCAGCGAUAUUGAACAUGGUAGUGGAAAUCCAUGUCCAAUCCACUCGCCGCACAUUUCGCAGCAGACAAAAGUAAAGUCGGAAGCGCCGAGUAGUUUCAUUCCCGUGAGCGGAGGUCAUUUAGGUCCGCACUCUCCCAAAGACGUCGGUAUGAUCGCUUCUCCCGACACUGCUCACACCCCGAAAACAAUUAUGGGGUCAAGAGAUAGUGAGUGUUUACCACAGCACGGGCCUAUAACUAUAACAUCGACUUCUAAUCUUGCCAGUCAGAUAUCUUCUUCCAGCCCGUACUACAUCUCGCCUGGAAAAUAUCAAGAAAAUGGAGACACUUUGUCUGAUUUUGUCAAUUUAGUCUGUCAGGAAGCUCAAAAUUCAGGGACGAAUUCACAGUCGAGCUCGGAGUCCGGAGUACGCAGUCCGACGAAAUUGCCUCACUUUUAUACGAGCUCCAUGCUUCCGCCUCCGCCUCCCGCUCCGAUGGCUCGUCCCGUUGCCAUAAUUAGGUCGACAGAUCUUAGUUCUUCCACUCCUAGUCCUCCUACCGGUACAACAACACCCACCGGAAGUAGUGGUACUCCUGGUCCAGACACAUCUGUACCUAGUACAAUAGGCCAGGAUGUCAGAGAUCAAGUUCCAUCUCCACCUGUAGUAGUGACAGUUGGUUCAAAUGUCAGCAGUGCAGCAGAAUCUUCACCUGUGAAUAGAUCGGUCAUGAGUAGCCCCUUCACGACAUUAUCACGACCUGAACACACAUUUGCCCAUAUUCAUCCUCAAGCUCCACAGUUGUUUUCGUUUCAGCUGUUCUCUUACCCCAACAUUAGUCCAGUGAGUGCCAUGAGCGGAGUCAUCAGCCCCACCAACCUCAGCAUGUUCACGUCGCCGGUGACGACACCCCGUUCCACUCCCCGAACGACACCAAUUCCGCGGUGGAGCGGUCCUUUCAUGACCCUGGACGAGAACAUAAAUAUAGAUUACAACAUGAUGGCUGGCCUUAUACCCGGUACCAAUCCAGAUUCUGAUCCUCCUCACAUCAUCGGUGCCGAUGAACGAUUCUUCUCGGUCGUUCACACCAGCGAAGCAAUAGACGCCAGCAGCCAAACCGGAAGUGCACCCUCUACACCAAAUAAAUCUCCGCCUUCUUAGGUGGGAAGGAAACUCUGCUUUGUCCAUUUGCUCAAGACAUGCCAACUACUAGAGAUGGUGUAAUAUAAAAAUUACUGCUGUCCUAUGAGCAAUAUACAAGUGCUUUCUCAUUAAGUCAUAUUGACAGUUUACAGUUCAUAGUUUGCUUUCGAUCGUCGACCACGUCGGGGUAUUGAGAACGUCGAAGGACCGACGGAGAGUGCAAUGGGAAGAAGCGUGGCAGCGAUGACAAGAAUCGAUCGGCUGCUCGGGAUAAAAGAUAGGAUUUAAAAAAAAAAAAAAGAAAAACGAAACAACGUAUUUUGUUUUAUUCGAUCAUCAUUUCACUUAAUUCAUUGCAAUGUAAAUUAAUUCAUGUUAUUGUUAUGAGCAUGUUGUUCUCCUAAUUGAAAAUAUUCUCUGGUCAGAGCAUAGGGUUACUAAGUUAGAGUAUACCUAAUAUGAAAUUUUAGGUAAACUAUUAAUUCUCAGGAAUAAUUUUAUUUCUAUGUUAAGAGAGAAAAAAAUUAUAUAUAGAAAUCAUGUUAUUAAUGUAAUUUUAUUGCAGAUUUUGAUUUUCCGGUUUAUAUUAUAAUUAUUAUUAUUUUUUUUUUUGUUCCUCGUAGAUUUAUUAUUAUUAUUUUAUUCUUAUUGCUAUGUUAUCAGACGGAUGUUAAAUUUGAAUAUAAUCUAUUUACUGUUCUUUAGUAAGCGAUAGUUCCUGUUAAUACCUCAGUUUGUUCCUCCUAAGUCUCGAGUGUUAGCGCAGGUGGAUAGCUCGUCAUUAUUACAAAAGCAAUAAUCGAUAUAUAUUGUAACAUAAUUGUUAUAUUCAUUGCAAUUGGUAGGAAAAGAAACGAGGAAAGAGAGGAGAGAUUUUUAAUAAUUCUGUGAUGCAAGAAAAUUUUUAAAAAUAUUUAUUAGAACGAUUUCUCUUCUCCUUUUUUUCUCACAGCGCGCGAGACGGGGUCUCUCUCUCUCUCUCUCCGACGGCAAUGCGGAUCGAACCUCCGGAGGGCGUCCCCUCCCUCUUUCUCUCUCUUGCUUCCGGUCCUCGUUUCCGUCGGACCCCGUCUCGGAGCGACCGCAGCCAAAAGGAAACAAACGGGCGAAAUAAAAGCGGAACGACUCGUGAAGGCAAAAAGAGCGAAAUCUUCCGAUUGUGUUCAGCAUGUAUCCUCAUAAGAUUAGAUUUAAAAAAAAAAAAAGGAAAAAACAUAGAGAACUUAGAUAGUUAAAACAUUUU